AUGAAGUAUCUCCUGUGCCUGUGUUUACUCCUUGCUGUUCUUUGUGCCAUAACCCAUUGCCACCAUGAAGACAUGUGCCAUGAAGUCAGUAAUACUAAUCUGCACGACGGAACAGAAAAUUUAUUAGCAUAUAAGUGUGGCAAGCAAGGCUCUAACUAUGCAGAUUUUGUAUUUAGAUUUUACAAGCAGGCUAUAUUAAAAGAAGCUGAUAAAAAUGUUUUCUUUUCUCCCAUGAGCAUCUCCACUGCCUUUGCCAUGCUGGCUGUUGGUGCUAAGUCAAGAACCCUGUCUCAGAUUUUUCAAGGACUGGGCUUUGAUGGUCUGACUGAGACUCGCAUACAUGAUAUACAUGAAAGUUUUCAUGAAGUUUUAGCAGUACUGAACUGUACUGAUAGCAUCACAUUAAAUAUAGGGAAUGCCCUUUUUACAGCUACUGGGUAUGAACCACAGGAGACAUUUUUACAAAAUACCAAACAAUUUUAUGAUGCAGAAUUUUAUUCUAGCAGUUUCCAUAAACCAGAAGAAGCUAAGAAGCAAAUCAAUAAAUAUGUAAAGGAGAAAACGAAGGGGAAAAUUCCUGAAUUAAUUGGUCAUCUUGAUGCAAGUAGUGUAUUGGUUCUUGUUAACUACAUUUAUUUUAAAGCUGCCUGGGAAAAGUCUUUUGAUCCUUUGCGUACAUAUGAGGAUGAUUUUUUUGUGAACACAAAUGCAUCUGUUAGAGUCAACAUGAUGCAGCGUGAUAGUAGCUAUAACAGUUACUAUGACCGGGACCUCUCUUGUGAGGUUGUAGAGCUGCCUUACCAGGGCACUGCACGAGCAUUGCUCAUUCUGCCUGAUGAUGGAAAGAUGAAGCAAGUGGAAGCUGCUCUCUCCAAGGAAACUGUUUGUAAAUGGGAUAACAAACUUGAGACCAGGACAUUAAAUCUGCAGUUACCAAAGAUUUCUAUUAGUGGGUCUUACGAUGUGAAAAACCUGUUCAAGGAAAUGGGCAUUACUGAAGUCUUCUCUGGUAAUGCUGAUCUGUCCGGAAUUAGUGGCAGCCGUAAUCUUCAGGUUUCACAAGCAAUUCACAAGGCCCUGCUGGAAGUUCAUGAGGCUGGAACUGAGGCUUCGGGAGCCACAGCCAUAGUCCUUAACAGACUUCUCCGCCCUUCUGUUACCAUCAAAUUCAACAGGCCCUUCAUUAUAUUGAUUUCUGACAAAGCAACUGGCACCACACUUUUCAUGGGGAAAAUUGUUCAUCCUACUAAGAAGUAA